GGAGCUGUCCACGCAGUGGUGGUGCUGAAGCUGAACAAGAUGGCUGUGUGUUGGAUACCCGAGAGCUGAGAGCAAAAGGGGGACCGAAGGCUCUCAGAUUUACAGAGGAACGCGAAAAAGACAAGAGAGGAGUGCGACGCCGGCAUUCACACUUCACGUGCACAGCGUCCGGUUUUUGUCAGACCACUGUCGGGCCCCUGUCCAGCAAACGAGCGACGGCAGGCUCCCUCCUAUCUCCAUCCAAGCCAUUCAUCCCCUCACUGUAUUUUUGCACAGAUUAGCACUGCCAAUCAGGAACCUGGUGAAGAAGCUGGACCCUGGACCAAAGGCUCGGUUAAGAGAUGUCAUUGCUGUGUGUUGGAGUGAAAAAAGGAAAGCUCGAUGGACCCCAAGAGAAAUUUAACACAUACGUGACCCUGAAGGUACAAAAUGUUAAGAGCACAACAAUUGCUGUGCGCGGCAGUCAGCCGUGCUGGGAGCAGGACUUCAUGUUCGAAAUAAAUCGACUGGAUCUGGGUCUCACAGUGGAGGUGUGGAAUAAAGGGCUGAUUUGGGACACCAUGGUGGGAACCUUAUGGAUCCCUCUGCGCAACAUACGGCAGUCCAACGAGGAGGGUCCUGGUCAGUGGUUGACACUGGAUUCCAAUGUGAUCAUGGCUGAGAAUGAGAUUUGUGGAACCAAAGACCCAACCUUUCACAGGCUGCUGCUCGACACGCGCUUCGAACUGCCACUAGACAUCCCCGAGGAGGAGGCCAGAUACUGGGCCAAGAAACUCGAGCAGCUUAAUGCAAUGAGAGAUCAGGAUUAUGCCUAUCAGGAAGAACAGGAGCGACCACUUCAUGCACCAACCACACAGUGCUGUAAUUGGAGUCUUUGGGGAGAUCAGCAGAAUGAGGACCCAGACAGUGCAGUAGACGACAGAGACAGCGACUAUCGUAGUGAGACAAGUAACAGCAUCCCACCACCUUACUACACCACCUCUCAGCCCAAUGCUUCCAUGCACCAGUAUCCCAUGAGGCAUCAGCACUACAGGCACUCCUACAAUGAUGACAUGCACGAGCUGGACUACGAUCACAGAGCCAUGAGACGCUAUGAUAGUUUAGACUCGGCCACCAACGGGCGCAGCGAUAUCGACUCAGGCUCAGGGUCGAGCCGGCGUACCAGUCGUCAGUAUUCACUAGACAGUAGGCACUCGCUGUCCGAUAGUCCCACAGACAGUCGUUACGCUUCGUCAGGUGAGCUGAGCCGAGGCAGCUCUCAGCUCAGCGAAGAGUUUGUUCCGGAGGACGGAGAGAGCUUGCGAGGUUCAGAGUUCUACGAUGAAAACGACUCCUACCACUCUUGCCACUCAUCGGUCAGCUAUGGCAAAGAGGACUCUCCCGGCUGGGAUGGCGAGGACCAACAGGGAAUCUACAGUGAUGAGGGAGGCUAUCUUAAAGACGGAGGAGAAGAGGGGGCACUGUACGACGAAGAGGAGGGAGACAUGUAUCCAGAAGGAGAGUACAACUAUGAAGACGAGGAAGAGAUGCCGUAUGAAGAAGAUGAAGACAUGUACCCGCUGGACGCCACACUCAGCGAGGACCAGGAGCCUCCAUACACCCCCACACCCACAAGCACUGCCCCCACACUCAUGCCCCCCUCUGAGGGUCUGUCCUCCAGCAGGCCGCCGUUGGAGAAGCAGCCAUCGUUGCAUCAGCAGCGUGUUGCACAGGAUCAGCUCCAGCCUCCAAGCACAGAGUCUACUUUACCGCCAGUCUCGCAGGACGGCGCGCUGCCGCCCGCAGAGCCCGCCAAGCCCCAGUUUGCACUUUCGCAGCAGGAUGUGUCCGUCACAACUACAUCCACACCCACAACCACGUCACAGGUCCCAGCUCUGGACUCCAAGCCUCUGGAGCCGGAGUUUAAAUCUGAACCCCCUCUGGAGGAGCCUUUACCCCCCGAGCAGCCUCCGGCAGCAGAGAGCGUCCCGCCGGCUCCUGAGGAGAAACCAGAGGAGCCUCCUGUGCCAAGCUUUCCAAAGAGGGAAAUAAUGGAACCCGGUCCUGCUCGAGCCAAGGCUAACUGGCUUCGACUUUUCAGCAGAGUGAGACUGCAGCUUCAGGAGGCUCGAGGAGAAAGUGUUGGAAUUGCAUCUCUGCUUUUAUCAGCAGGGAUGGGUGGAGCUUUGUACAGCAUUGACAGUAUGCCAGAUCUCAGGAAAAGGAAAGCUAUGCCUCUGGUCAGAGAUCUGGCCAUGUCCUUGGUCCAGAAUUCCAGGAAGGCCGGUAUCACCUCAGCUCUGACGUCCAGCACCUUGCACAAUGAAGAACUGAAAAGUCACGUCUAUAAGAAGACUCUCCAGGCUCUCAUUUAUCCGAUCUCCUGUACCACUCCACACAAUUUUGAGGUGUGGACGGCCACGACACCCACUUACUGCUAUGAGUGUGAGGGCCUUCUGUGGGGCAUUGCUCGCCAGGGCAUGCGCUGUACGGAGUGUGGAGUCAAAUGCCACGAGAAGUGCCAGGAUCUACUCAAUGCUGAUUGUCUCCAAAGAGCUGCAGAGAAGAGCUCUAAACAUGGUGCUGAGGACCGAACCCAAAACAUCAUCAUGGUUCUUAAGGACCGCAUGAAGAUCCGCGAGAGGAACAAACCAGAAAUCUUUGAACUCAUUCAGGAAGUGUUUGCUGUCGUCAAGGCUACGCACGUCACCCAAAUGAAGCAGAUCAAGCAGAGCGUGCUGGAUGGUACAUCUAAAUGGUCGGCCAAGAUCAGCAUCACAGUGUUGUGUGCCCAGGGUCUACAGGCCAAGGAUAAAACUGGUUCUAGUGAUCCGUAUGUCACCGUCCAGGUGGGAAAGACAAAAAAGAGAACAAAGACCAUAUACGGCAACCUCAACCCUGUCUGGGAGGAGACUUUCAAUUUUGAGUGUCACAACUCCUCAGACCGCAUCAAGGUGCGCGUGUGGGACGAAGAUGACGACAUAAAAUCUCGUGUGAAGCAAAAAUUCAAGCGAGAGUCUGAUGAUUUCCUCGGUCAAACCAUCAUCGAGGUCCGCACUCUGAGCGGAGAGAUGGACGUCUGGUACAAUCUGGACAAGCGCACAGACAAAUCUGCUGUGUCUGGAGCGAUCCGUAUGCACAUCAACGUAGAAAUAAAGGGAGAGGAGACGGUUGCGCCAUAUCAUGUCCAGUACACCUGCCUGCAUGAAAACCUCUUCCAUUUUGUCACUGAUAUCCAAAACAAUGGCGUCGUGAAGAUUCCUGAUGCCAAAGGGGAUGAUGCAUGGAAAGUGUACUUUGAGGAGACACCCCAGGAGAUUGUGGAUGAGUUUGCGAUGCGUUAUGGAGUGGAGUCCAUCUAUCAGGCCAUGACCCAUUUCGCCUGCUUGUCAUCGAAGUACAUGUGCCCAGGUGUGCCAGCAGUGAUGAGCACCCUGCUCGCCAACAUCAAUGCCUACUAUGCCCACACCACCCAAGCAACCAACAACGUUUCUGCCUCAGACCGCUUUGCUGCGUCUAACUUUGGUAAAGAGCGAUUCGUCAAGCUCCUGGAUCAGCUGCACAACUCUUUAAGAAUCGACUUGUCCAUGUAUCGAAAUAAUUUCCCAGCCAGCAGUCCAGAGAGGUUGCAGGACCUCAAGUCUACAGUGGAUCUCCUCACCAGUAUCACCUUCUUCAGAAUGAAGGUCCAGGAGCUCCAGUCUCCACCCCGAGCCAGUCAGGUUGUGAAAGAUUGUGUCAAAGCCUGCCUCAACUCCACCUACGAGUACAUCUUUAAUAACUGUCACGAGCUCUACAGUCGCGAGUACCAGACUGACCCGGCCAAGCAGGGUGCUGUGCCUCCGGAGGAGCAGGGCCCCAGCAUCAAAAAUCUGGACUUCUGGUCCAAACUCAUCACACUUAUCGUGUCCAUUAUUGAAGAGGACAAGAACUCAUACACGCCCUGCUUGAACCAGUUUCCCCAAGAGCUCAAUGUGGGCAAAAUCAGUGCAGAGGUGAUGUGGAACUUGUUUGCUCAGGAUAUGAAGUAUGCAAUGGAGGAACACGAAAAAAACCGCCUGUGCAAGAGCGCAGAUUAUAUGAACCUACACUUCAAGGUCAAGUGGCUAUACAACGAGUACUGCAAAGACCUGCCUUUCUUCAAGAGCAGAGUGCCUGAAUAUCCUGCGUGGUUUGAGCCAUUCGUCAUCCAGUGGCUGGAUGAAAACGAAGAAGUGUCACGCGACUUUCUGCAUGGUGCUUUGGAGAGAGACAAAAAAGAUGGAUUCCAGGUCACAUCAGAACAUGCCCUGUUCUCCUGUUCGGUGGUGGAUGUAUUCUCCCAGCUCAACCAGAGCUUCGAGAUCAUCAGGAAACUAGAGUGUCCGGAUCCACAGAUUGUAGGACACUACAUGAAGCGAUUUGCAAAGACCAUCAGCAAUGUACUGCUAUCCUACGCCGAUAUCAUCUCCAAGUUGUUUGCCAACUAUGUCACCAUGGAGAAAGUGCCCUGCAUCCUGAUCAACAACAUCCAGCAGCUGAGGGUUCAGUUGGAGAAGAUGUUUGAAGCCAUGGGUGGAAAAGAUCUGUGUGUGGAGGCGAGUGAUAUCCUGAAAGACCUGCAGGUUAAGCUCAACAACGUUAUGGAUGAUCUCAGCAGGGUCUUUGCCGUCAGUUUCCAGCCUCAUAUUGAGGAGAAUGUGAAGCAGAUGGGAGACAUCUUGGCUCAGGUGAAGGGAACCUCAAAUGUGGGAAAUGCCAGCAGCGUGGCCCAAGAUGCCGACAACGUCCUGCAGCCAAUCAUGGAGUUCCUGGACAGCAAUCUGACAUUGUUUGCUAAGAUCUGUGAGAAGACUGUGCUGAAGCGUGUGUUAAAGGAGCUGUGGAAGCUGGUGAUGAACACCAUGGAGAAGACCAUCGUUCUGCCGCCGCUCACAGACCAAACGAUGAUUGGGAGGCUGAAGAGUGCUUCUCACAGUGAUGGAACUCAGCUCAUCUUUAAUGCGGCCAAGGAACUCGGACAGUUGUCCAAGCUGAAGGAGCAUAUGGUUCGUGAGGAGGCCAAAGCACUAACACCCAAGCAGUGCGCUGUGAUCGAGCUCGCUCUGGACACCAUCAAGCAAUAUUUCCAUGCCGGUGGUGUGGGUUUGAAGAAGACUUUCUUGGAGAAGAGUCCGGACCUCCAGUCUCUGCACUAUGCCCUGUCCCUCUACACGCAGGCCACAGAUAAACUCAUCAAGACCUUUGUCCAGUCACAGAAUGCACAAGUGUUCGGCGGGAAGGGGGUGAGAUUCACCACUAGUGAGGAUGUUUACCCAGAAAAGGGCUCCGGUGUGGAUGACGCCGUGGGAGAAGUGUCCAUCCACGUGGAGGUUUUCACUCAUCCAAACACCGGGGAGCACAAAGUAACCGUCAAAGUGGUGGCUGCCAAUGACCUGAGGUGGCAGACGCAAGGAAUAUUCAGACCAUUUGUGGAGGUCUACAUCAUCGGUCCUCAUCUCAGCGACAAGAAGAGAAAGUACGCCACCAAGUCGAAGAACAACAGCUGGGCUCCCAAAUACAAUGAGACCUUCACUUUCACGCUGAGUAAUGAGGUGGGGCCUGAGUGCUACGAACUGCAGGUGUGCGUGAAGGAUUACUGCUUUGCCCGAGAGGAUCGCACCGUGGGCAUGGCUGUCCUACAACUAAAAGAUGUAGCCUCAAAAGGCAGCGCUGCCUGCUGGCUUCCUCUGGGUAAGCGCAUUCACAUGGACGAGACUGGCCUCACAGUCCUACGUAUCCUCUCCCAGCGUAACAACGAUGACGUGGCCAAGGAGUUUGUCAAGCUCAAAUCCGACCAGCGCUCUGCAGAGGAAGGCCGCAGUUAAGACACAAGGCAGAGUGUGAAACGCCCUGGUCCGAGGCUCACAACUGGACACAGCAGCCUACUGCCCCUGAGCUCCCCUGAGCCACUGCAAGUCACUGCCCUGAUGAUCCAGUGUUGUACAAGCACAGGUGAAAUAAGAGUCACAACACAU